CCCACCACUAACUUUUCUCACUCUUCAAAUUCACUCUCAAACAAACCCUAAUUCGAUAAAUUUCUCUAUUGAUUCUACUUUUUCUUUUUGCAACCGAAAAUGCGUGAGAUUCUUCACAUCCAAGGAGGCCAAUGCGGCAACCAGAUCGGUGCCAAGUUCUGGGAGGUAGUUUGCGCCGAACACGGCAUUGAUUCCACCGGCCGUUACCAAGGCGAUUCAGAUCUGCAACUAGAGAGGAUCAAUGUUUACUACAACGAAGCUAGUUGUGGGAGAUUUGUUCCUAGGGCUGUGCUCAUGGAUCUUGAGCCUGGUACCAUGGAUAGUCUCAGAUCUGGUCCAUAUGGUCAGAUCUUCCGUCCCGAUAACUUUGUUUUUGGUCAAUCGGGUGCUGGAAACAAUUGGGCUAAGGGUCACUAUACUGAAGGUGCUGAGUUGAUUGAUUCUGUUCUUGAUGUUGUCAGGAAGGAAGCCGAAAACUGCGAUUGCCUUCAAGGGUUCCAGGUUUGCCAUUCCUUAGGAGGUGGAACAGGAUCCGGUAUGGGAACCCUCCUGAUUUCGAAGAUCCGAGAAGAAUACCCAGAUCGCACCAUGCUGACAUUCUCCGUUUUCCCAUCACCUAAAGUUUCCGAUACCGUUGUCGAACCUUACAACGCCACGUUGUCAGUUCAUCAACUUGUUGAAAACGCCGACGAGUGUAUGGUUCUUGAUAAUGAAGCUCUCUACGAUAUCUGCUUCAGAACCCUCAAACUCACCACUCCUAGCUUCGGAGAUCUAAACCACUUGAUCUCAGCAACAAUGUCCGGUGUAACAUGCUGUCUCCGAUUCCCUGGUCAACUAAACUCCGAUCUAAGAAAGCUAGCAGUAAACCUCGUCCCAUUUCCCCGUCUCCAUUUCUUCAUGGUAGGCUUUGCUCCGUUGACCUCCCGUGGGUCCCAACAAUACCGAGCCCUAACAGUCCCAGAACUCACCCAACAAAUGUGGGACGCCAAGAACAUGAUGUGUGCAGCGGACCCCAGACACGGGAGAUACCUAACAGCAUCCGCCAUGUUCAGAGGGAAAAUGAGCACCAAAGAAGUGGAUGAACAGAUGAUCAAUGUCCAGAACAAGAACUCAUCAUACUUUGUGGAGUGGAUUCCCAACAACGUGAAGUCAACUGUUUGUGACAUCCCACCAACAGGUCUGAAAAUGGCGUCAACAUUCAUUGGGAAUUCGACUUCCAUUCAGGAGAUGUUUAGGCGUGUGAGUGAACAGUUUACUGCUAUGUUUAGAAGGAAGGCUUUCUUGCAUUGGUACACAGGUGAAGGUAUGGAUGAGAUGGAGUUUACUGAGGCUGAAAGUAAUAUGAAUGAUUUGGUGUCUGAGUAUCAGCAGUAUCAAGAUGCGACUGCUGAUGAGGAGGGGGAGUAUUAUGAGGAUGAAGAGGAGGAAGAAGGGCAGGAGAUGUGAUGGGUUUUGUUAUUAGUUAUUACUUAUGAAUCAACAAUCCACGGAGUCCCAGUUUGUCGAUCUUUGGCAAAGGGAAGAGUGGGUGGUGUUAUUAUGUUUUUGUGUUAGGAUUCUUGAAACUUUAUAUGUUCGUUCUACUAUCGUGCUAUGGAGUAGUUUUUGAUAUAUAUUCGUGAUGGGUUACUCUU